AGUAGGAUGACAAUGACAUCUUGGUUAAUAUGAGGCUCAGGCUGUAGCAGACCAAAUAACUAAAUGGGCUUAUUCCUUACCAAAAAAUAAAGAUAAAAAGGAAAGGGCUUCUAGACGAAAAAUGGACCGCUCGAGUUUGUUCCAAUGCCCCUGGCAGAUCAGAUCUCUUGUCAACACUCAAAAAUCUCAUACUCGCUUCCCAAACUUCAGUUUUAGUAAUUUCUCAACUAUUCCUCCUUUGGCUAUGUCUCAACGAUGAUGGGUGGUAAUCAAUCAGAAGGAGGAGAUUGGAAUUGGAUAAUCAAGUGAUUGGAUCUCUCUCCAGGAUUAGAAAGGUCAAAGGUGUGUCAUAGCUUUAGGAGAAAGCUCUGCGCCUCCACCCUGGUAUUCACUAUCAAGUGAGUGAUCAACUACUCAAAGUAGACAGAUUAAAGAGAGAAUAACGUCUUUGCUUCUCAGUUAACUGUCUACACAUAAUAUUAUCAGGUAGAUCCAGAUCGAGGAGGAAUUUAAUAGAAUUGAGUGAGCAGAAAACAUGAGCGAGGGGCAGAAAUUCCAGUUGGGAACAGUGGGGGCACUGUCCUUAUCUGUGGUAUCAUCAGUAUCGAUUGUGAUUUGCAACAAGGCGCUUAUUACCACACUUGGCUUCACUUUUGCCACAACUUUGACGAGUUGGCAUCUCCUGGUGACAUUUUGUUCCCUUCAUGUGGCACUAUGGAUGAAAUUUUUUGAGCACAAACCUUUUGAUGCAAGAGCUGUCAUGGUAUUUGGCAUAUUGAACGGCAUUUCCAUUGGGCUUCUGAAUCUUAGCUUGGGUUUCAAUUCUGUUGGAUUCUAUCAGAUGACAAAACUAGCCAUCAUUCCCUGCACCGUUCUUUUGGAGACCCUUUUCGUCAUGAAGAAAUUCAGCCGUAAUAUUCAGCUUUCACUGGUCGUGCUACUUUUAGGUGUUGGAAUUGCAACUGUGACCGAUCUUCAGCUCAAUCUCCUGGGUUCUAUCUUGUCUCUGCUUGCAGUUAUUACGACUUGUGUUGCUCAAAUUAUGACCAAUACCAUCCAGAAGAAGUUCAAAGUUUCUUCAACCCAACUUCUUUAUCAGUCCAGUCCAUAUCAGGCUAUAACACUUCUCAUUGUUGGUCCAUUUCUAGAUGGGCUUUUGACUAGCAAAAAUGUUUUUGCUUUCAACUAUACUCCUCAAGUGCUGUUCUUCAUUGUCCUUUCUUGCCUGAUAUCUGUGUCUGUAAACUUUAGUACGUUUCUGGUUAUUGGAAAGACAUCUCCAGUCACAUACCAAGUCCUAGGGCACCUGAAAACAUGCCUAGUUUUGGCCUUUGGCUAUGUUUUGCUUCGUGACCCAUUUAGCUGGCGCAAUAUUCUAGGGAUUCUUAUAGCAGUAGUUGGGAUGGCUCUUUAUUCUUAUUAUUGCACUGUUGAGAGUCAGCAGAAAGCUAGUGAAGCAUCAGCGCAAGUGCCACAGGUAAAGGAAGGGGAAUCUGAUCCUCUAUUAAGUGUGGAAAAUGGAAGUGGGAUCUUAGCUGACGGUGUUGUUGCCAAGGGUCCUGUCUGGAAGUCGAAUAAGGACCUGGAAGCUUAAACCUUGUUGAUUUAAAUAAUUUGGUCGCCCUGAGGUUGAAAUUAAUUGAGGAAACUCUCUCGGCAAUGAAGAUGUUGCUGGAUAGGGUCUCCAUAUAAUGCAUAGCAGCAGUUUCGGGUAUUUUGAGAUUACCACUCUAUUAUUGUAGAUUCAAUAUUGAAUACUACUCGCAUUUUUUGGUUAUUCGUGCUAUUGCGGGUGAGGCUGUGGGAUUAAAACCAGGAUUUGACUUGAUAAAUAUAUAUAUAUAUUUUUUUUUAUUCCCAAAAA